UUCUUCCUAGAAAUUCCAUUUGCAAUUUAAGCGACAGAUAUGCAAAAUCCUUCUCCAAGAACUGUAUUAUCCUCAUAAUCUGAUAUCAGAACCUCCUUUCUCAAGUUCUUGAAAAUGUUGUCCCUCCAAAAUGGACAAAAUACAAAAAAUUUUCUCAUCACAAUAUCCACCCUCGCUGCUUCCACAGUUCUUGUUCACAGCAUUUCCAAAAUUUUCAUGCCUUACAGAAUCCGAAGAUUCAUCUUCCCCAAUCUCCAUAGCCUUUCCUGUCAUCCCUUCUCCUCUCAAUUAAACACUAUAGUUAUAGAAGAAUAUAAAGAGCAUCACCUUAACCAAAUGUUUCAGGCUGUUAAUGCCUAUUUGACCUUCAUAGUGAACACAUCAAAUGGCAGAGAGAACCAAGCUGAGCAAGCCAUUGGUAAAGAUCAGGAAAUACCUGAUGUUUUUCAAAAUGUACAGGUAAGUUGGAAAUUGGUUUUUACAAAGAUUGGAUCCUUCGACAAUAGGAUUCAAUAUGCAACUGCUGAAUCCGAAAUAAGAUCCUUUGAGCUAACUUUUCAUGAGAAGCACAGAGAGACAAUGCUGAAUUCAUACUUACAUUACAUUUUGGAGCAUAGAGAAGCGAGAAAGAUUCAAAAGUUUCAGCUGUCUUGUUAUCGUCCCUUGAACUGGCAGCCUGAUGACACAUUUGAUCACUCAAUGACAUUCAAGACCCUUGUAUUGGAUUCAGAGCUUAAGAAAGCAGUGUGGGACGAUUUCAACACCUUCGUGAAUGCCAAGGAGUUCUAUGGAAGGAUUGGGAAAGCAUGGAAACGGAAUUACUUGUUAAAUGGUCCUCCUGGCUCUGGCAAAUCAAGCUUGAUUGCAGCCAUGGCUAAUCACUUAAACUAUGACAUCUACGAGCUAGAUCUGGCAGUUUUUCCAUCCGAUUUUAAUUAUAACUUUUUCGUGGAUAGAAUCCCUAAUCGAUCUGUACUUGUGAUAAAGAAUGUUGAUUGCAGAAUUGAGCAACCAGAGAACCCUGAUCAAAAUGAGGAAAUGCUACUCCAUUGCACGGAUGGACUUUGGUCAUGCUGUGGCAAUGAACGUAUCAUAAUUUUCACUGCGACUCACAAAGAAACGGUUAGUCCAGCUCUAUUAAGGCCUGGUCGCAUCGACAUGAACAUCCACAUGCCGUAUUGUAGCAUCUCUACAUUCAAGCAAUUAGCCUUCCAUUAUCUUGAAAUUCAACAUCACGAGCUUUUUCGAGAGAUUGAAGGGCUCCUAGAGGAAGCUGAAGUGACCCGGGAAGAAAUCUUAGGAGAGCUGAAGAAGAAUAGUGAUGUGGGAGUUUCUUUCCAAGGUCUUGUUGAAUUCCUUCAUAGAAAGAAAUUGAAGAUGGAUGAGGCUGAAACUAGCACGAGAGUAGAUGCCAAAGAAUGGAAUUAGCUGGGAGAGAGAAGAAAACCAUUAAUACGGUGACUUAAUUAUAUGUUGAAUUUCAUCAAUAGGCCAUUGUUUGUGGGUGGCCUAAAAUGGCUUUUGUGUAGGCCAUUAUUAGGCAUUAGAUUUGUUGGUUGAUCAAUGGGUUUUCACACUAAGACAGCGCAAAUUAGGUUGCCCUUUGCCAAAUCCAAACAUUUUUAUGAGCCUAUAAUGAUUUCUCUGCUAUUAAGCUCCAGAGGAGAGUAAUAAAUUUUUAAUUAUUUAUUAAAAAAAAAACUUGGACGCAUAUUACAGUUAACAUACAUUAUAAUGCAAGGAAUUAAGUUUUUUUUAAAACUUAUGUAUUUGCAAUUUAUUUUAAUAUGUUAUUUAUAUAUUUUAGUUUUGCAAUAAUUAUGUAAUAAUAUUAUUUUAAUAUAUGUAUUUUCUUUUUGUAACUGGUCCAACCGUUACUCCAAUCGGAGUCCUCUCCACUCAUGGACAUGAUUCAAGCUUAAUUUCCAAAAUCACAAAUAAUUUUCUUUCCUUCUUCAGCACAGAUGAAUUCUACAGUUUCCAGGCAUCCACCAGGUCCAUGGCCCAUCUAAGAGAGAGAGACUUGUAAACAUGUUGAUUAGCAUGUCUUUUACCAUCUCUUCUUGUCAUGAGAGAUUGAACAAUAGAGCUCUUGUACCUUAUCCCUACCACUGUGCCCACGAAAUCUUGUCCAAGAUUCGACUGAUGAGUAUGAAUCUCCCCAAGUCUCACACUCUCCCAAAGUCUGCAAGGAACUGUAUCGAGGUUGACAAUGAUGAUGGGAUGAAGGAUUUGACAGGGAUUCAAAUUGAAGGGUGGAGAUGGUAGGGAGAGCCAUGCUACAGCAAAGGAAUUCUGGAUUGAAUUUUUCAAGGUUGAUUUUGUUA